GGCGAAGACGGAUCACCUCUACCCACUGACGCUUCUGGACGCUACGUUAGUAUUCCUGCUGGCGAUGAGUCAGUGACUAAGGAACUACCAACUGAUGAAAGCGGUAAUGUCAUCUAUCCUGUUGUUGGACCUGAUGGUACUCUUCUUCCAACUGAUGCAUCUGGACAACACGUUACUGCUGACGGAUCUUUAGUACCUACUGAUGAUGAAGGAAAACCACUUGGACCUGACGGAGACGUUUUACCAACUGAUGCUUCCGGUAACUACAUCUAUCCAUCUGUGGGACCAGACAGUGAACUCGAACAAACCGAUGCGACAACUGCACCACCAGUCACAGUUGUAGGACCUGAUGGUACACCUUUGCCAACUGAUGACAAUGGAGCGUUCAUCGGACCUGAUGGUGAAAUCAUUCCAACUGAUGCCAGUGGACGUCCUUUAGGCGAAGACGGAUCACCUCUACCCACUGACGCUUCUGGACGCUACGUUAGUAUUCCUGCUGGCGAUGAGUCAGUGACUAAGGAACUACCAACU